AUGUUGGCUAUAACUAUUGAAACUUGUAUAGUUUGUAAAUAAUAUAAAUACAAAGAUGAUAGAAUUUCUCUUAGUUAAGACAUUUAUGAAGGCAUAAAAAGUAUAAAAUAAUUUGGAUGGGAAGAACAUUUUAAAAAAAAAAUUGAUUAAAUAAGAAAAUUAGAACUAAAAUGUUUGCUACAAAUGUCCAUGUUCGAUAUUAUCUAGUUAGUAUUUUGGAAUGGUUUAAGCUAUUUUUUGCUAUUCUUUUUUUUAUAAUAAUCUUAUGAUUCAUAUUAGGAUAAAAGUAAAUUUUAGAAAAAUGUUAAUGUAUUUUCUAUUAUUGCAGUUUCCAAUUUUAUUAUUUAUCCUAUGGGAAUUAUACCAUUUUCUUUAAGUAUGGUUAUUAAAUCUUUUGUUUCUUUAAGAAGAAUUUAAAUUUUAAUGAAUUAGAAAGAAAUUUAGAAAGAAAACACUGAAGAAAAAGCACACGAAAGUAUUGAUAAUUUCCUUUGUAAGCCUAUAUUAUAUAAUGUUUAAAAUAUUGAUGAAGAUGAUGAUGAUGAGGAAAAUGAUGAAAGCAAAGAGAAUGAAAAUAAUUAUGAAGAUGAAGUAAAUUCUAAAAAUAAGAAAAAUAAUAAUUCUACUUUCGAAUUAAAAAUUAGUACUUUAACAAUCCAUUAAGGAACUUUAAAUGUAAUUAUAGGGUUAAUAGGAAGUGGCAAAAGUGCAUUAAUGAAUGCUAUUUUAAAUGAAAUGGAGUAAUAAAUAGAUAGGAAAUAAAAGAAAAUAUUUAAAAACACUAAUAAAAUAUUAGUAAAUGGAACAAUAAGUUACGUAUCGCAAAAUCAUUGGUUAUAAAAUAAAUCAGUGAAAGAAAAUAUCCUUUUUGGUAAAGAAUAUGAUGAAAAUUGGUAUAAAAAAUGUUUUGAGGCUUGUGAAUUGAAAUAAGAUUUUGAUUUAUAAUAUUAAGAAGACUAAAGAAAUGUGGGGCCAUAAGGUAAUAAUUUAAGUGGGGGAUAAAAAUAGAGAAUUUGCCUAUGUAGGGCUAUUUAUUAAGGUAAUGAUAUUUAUCUUUUAGAUGAUGUUUUUAGUAAUCUGGACUAUAGUGUAGCUUAGAAAAUAUAUGAAAAUGCUAUUUUAUAACUUUUAAUCAAAUAAAAAUAAAAGACAGUAAUUUUGAUAACUUCAUAAUAUGGUUUAUUGAAUAAAAAAGAGGAAAUAAGUAAGAUUAUUUAUGUGAAAAACGGAAAAAUAGAAAAAGAUAAUUAAAAAAUUAAAUAGUUUAUAAACGGAUAAUUAUAAAAGGAAAAUUUUCAAAAAACAAAAAUUAUUUCAAAUGAUGAUUAUAUGGAAUACGCGAGUUCUUUAAUUGAUUAUGAUUUAAAUAGUUAAGCAUAAACUGAAUAAUAAAUAAAAGACAAUUAGAUUAUUAUUAAGCUAAGUAAUAAUAAUGAAGAAAAAAGGGAAAAAGGAGAUGUAAAAUUAUCUACUAUUAUACUUUAUUUAUAAUCUAUGACUUUCAUUUUAGGAUUUCUAUAUUUUAUUUCAAGCUUUUUUAGUUAAGGUUCAAUGAUGUUAAUUGAUUUUUGGUUAAAGUAUUAUUUUUAGCCUAAAGAAGAUUAAAAAAAGAAUAAUUUUUCUUUUCAAAAUAUUAAUAAAUAUUUCAAAGGAGAUUUCAAAGAUUUGUUUUUGUCUUUUAUUUAUAUAUUUUUAGCUAUAACAUUUUUAAGAAGUUUUCUUUAUUGCAUUUGUAAUAUUUUAACUUCAAAAAAACUAUUUUGUAGACUUAAUAAAAGUAUUAUGUAUUCAAAAAUGAAGUUUUUUGAUUGUAAUCCUGUAGGAAGAAUCAUUAAUAGAGUUUCGGAUGAUAUUGUUAAUAUUGAUGAAUUAUUACCUGCUUCAGUUAAUAGAUUUACUAAAUUUUUAGCUAUUGUUGUAGGUUGGAAUUAUUAUAUAAUUAUAUUGGCUUAUAGCUUUUGUUUUAUAGCAAUUUUCGCAGUAAAUAGAUUAUAGAAACUUUUUAGAAUUUCAAAUAGAGAAAUUAAAAGAUUAAAUUCGGUAAAUGCAGGGAAAUUAUUAAAUAUAAUAAACGAAACUUGUAAAGGUUUAUCUAUAAUAAGAGCUUUUGGAAAAGAAGAUUUUAUUUUAAAAUAAUACAUAAGCUCACUAAAUGAAAAUAUAAAUAGCUUUUUGAUUUCUUAAGCAAUUUAAAUAUGGAUGUUGAUUAGACUUUAAUCUAUUAUGAAUGCUUUUUUUUUAGUAGUGGGAAUAUCAAGUAUUAUAGCAGUUUAUUAGAAGGAGUUUUUUUAAUUUUUAGGUAUUAAUAAUGCAGUUAUUUCUAUGUGUUUGACUUAUGUUUUGCUUUUGUCUGGAAAAUUUUCUGAUGUAAUAUUUUAAUUUUGUACUGUGGAAUAAUAGAUUAUUAGUGUAGAAAGAAUAGGGUAGUAUUUAUAAAACGAAUAGGAAAGUAUAACUACGCUUUUAAAAGAUUAAUAAUAAUAAGAUUAGUAAAUAUACGAAUUAAGUUAAAGCGAAAUCGAUUAAAACUAUUCUAUUAUAUUCAAAAAUGUUUGUUUUGCAUAUAACAAUAAUUUAGCAGAAAAUGGAUAAUAUGUGAUUUCGAACUUUUCACUAAAAAUAAAAAAGGGAGAAAAAAUUGCUAUUUGUGGAAGAACAGGGUCAGGUAAAACUUCGAUAUUUAAUAUACUUUUUGGAAUGUAUCCUAUUUAGAAAGGAUAAAUAUUUGUAAAUAAUAAAAGUUUGUAAGAUUUUAGCUUAAAAUAUUUAAGGUCUUAAAUUUCUAUUAUACCUUAAUUUGGAUUCCUUUAUAAAGCUUGCUUAUAAGAUAAUUUAGAUCCUACUGGAAUUUAUGAAAAGGAAUAUAUUUAGUAAAAAAUUAAUAAUACAGGCUUACAAAUAAGAAAUAAUUAACAAAAAUUUGAUAACAAUAAUAAUUAUAAUGAUUUAGAUUUCCAAAUUAAUUAAGGUGGAGAAAAUCUCUCUAAUGGGGAAAAAUAAAUCAUUAAUUUUCUCAGAAUAAUACUUAGGGAUAGCGAAAUUAUCUGUUUGGAUGAGGCCACAUCAAAUAUGGAUCCUUAUACUGAUUACCUUUUGAAUAAAUAAAUUUUCUAGUUUGCAGAGGGGAAAACUCUUAUUGUUAUUACACAUAGAUUAGAAAAUAUUGAAAAGUUUGAUAGAAUUGUUGUGCUUGAAAAGGGAAGAAUUGUAGAAUGUGAUAACCAUAAAAAACUUAGAUAAAUACAUAAUGGAUUUUUUAAUAGAUUAUAAUAAAAAAAAAUAUGA